AUGGAAAAUUCUGCGGAAGAGAUGACGGUUAAGUAUGUUUGUGCCGUGUGCGAGUUUCUCGUCGAAGCGAUACGCUGUCAGCACGAGCAUACCGUAACAACACAGUUGGGAGAUCGGCUCGCCGAAUUUUACCGCUCCCUAUUCACCCAGCGUGAUGGUAGGUAACUUUCUUCAAAACCAAACUAAUUGUAUAAAGUGCAUGAAGAGAACUCACAAUAUUAAUAAUUAUAAGGUGGCUCGGUACGGAAAGAUCAACGUAUGAAUUAAUAAAUAGAACUCAUAUGAGAAUUUGAAGAAUUUCGCUGAAUCAAAAUAGUUUCAUCGAAAACUGUUCAUGUCAAGACAUCUUAAUUGAAGGUGACGUCCACUCCUGUGCACAUGCGCGAACUUUGUUCACGUUUUGAACUGCUAUAUUUGUAAAAACGAACUGGAUAUCUAACACUUUUCUGGUUCGCCAUACUUGUAAAUGAACAUAAAUUAUAAAGAUGCUAAAUUUGGGCACAAUAUUUAUAAUGUUAAUGAUGUUAUAAGCAGAACAGAUGCGCAGGACGGAGUGGACAUCAUCUUUAAUUAUACAACCAAACUAGCAUGCAUAAUGACGUCACAAGGCUGGAUGUCUGCGAGGAAUGCUGGUCUCAGUAGUAAAAAAAUUAAACAAUUCAAAAUGGCCACUAUCGAAGUUUUCCCGGCCGAUGACAUUUUGCCAGCAUUCUGUGCGGGCAGCAAGCCUUGUGACGUCAUUAUGCACAAGAUCGAUUGCGUAAAACCAUGGAUAAUAAAAUAAAUGGAUACGAUUCUAGCUGACAUAAGCAAAGACAAUGUAGUUGCAAUCUGUGACGUCGCGCGUAUUGCAAAGUUCUCGGCAUUUUUGUUGUUUCGCUACACUAAUUGUUUUAAAAACAUGCCUAAGCCAUGACAAAGUAUUCAAGGUGAAUGUUUUUCGUCUUUGUUUUUUGUAGUGCUUGAAAUAUUUGCUAAAAUUGACUGGGAAUACUUAGAGAUUUCAUCGUAGAAUGGCGUAGUUAUAUUCAUUUGCUCUUUGACUAAAAUGUUUAGGUGUAUUAUUGCUAAACAUGCCGUUUUUGAGAAUUUGGUUUGCAACUAGGUUUCAACAUCCAAUCACGCCCAUCAGCCCAUUGGAAACAUUAGAUCACGUCAGCUAGUUUCCUAUCCAUUUAUUUUAUUAUCCAUGGUAAGACUAAUUAUCUACUCGCAGGAAUCCUACCGGUUCAACAGAUCCGGCCGGAUCUACAGGCAGGUGUGCCAGCGAAUGGCAACAGAAGGUCAGGUACAACAACGACCCAAAACACCGCCGCCACCACUACCACUACAGCCACCGACAAUCCUACGGCGCCAAAACGACGACGUGUCAGGACAGGCAGGGGUGGGCCAGGGAUAGCACGGAAAUGUGUUGUCACUGAGCGCCAAAAACAUCGCAGGCGCCAAAAAGGAAUGGCGAAUGCACCACCACCGGCGCCAUCGCCACCAACACUACCACCAACACCACCUCCUACCCAACCACAAACACUACCACCACCACCACCGCCACGUGCACAGACACCACCACCUACGGGGGAACCUUCCCGAAAGACACCACGGGCACAGGUCAGUUAAUUACAUUACAUUGAACUUCAAAUAUAUAACAAAUGUGUCUUGUUACACAUUUAAUUAAGGUGGCUCGAUACACUUAAUUUUCAAAAAUGCCGGUAACUUUCACGUGUUCAAACAAAUAGAUUUUAGUAGCAGUUUGUUCGUUCAAAAUGGUCUCGUAUUGUUGGAAAAUAGACAUGGUGGUCACCCACAAGUUUUAAUAUUUUCGUGCUUUAUUUUACUUGGAGUAUAACAAAAAUUCUGUAGUGCCUACACAUUUUGCCAUUGCAGAAGGGUUUCUUUUUAAAAUUCUAUGUAGAAUGAAAGUCGUUUGGCAUUGCCAUGCAAAAUAUGAACGUAUAGGUCAGCAGACCAAAUUUUGAUUACUAUACCGAGUCACCUUAAGAAAUUGUGCUGCGCCGUGAAACUAUUUAUAAAACGUUUCAAACUAGUCAAAUGGCGUGAAUAUCUUUAAUUGCACGCAGGACACCAAAAUAUAAUGUUUCUAUCGCUUCUAUCUAAAUGUGUACCUAGGUCCUUGAUGAAUUCAACAAGAAGAAGCGGAUCGAGAACUUCAAGGAGCUCGCCGGCGUUACGGACAAGGAAGGUUACGAUCCCCAUGAGCUAGUUUUGUGGAAGAAAGAUCUCCGCGGGUGGCAACUGCUUGAAGAAUCUUUUGAGGAGCCGUUGCGGGAUAAAUGGCGUGCACUUCGAUCGAUGCCGAAGAUUGCAAGCGACCCACGGCUGAUUGAUGCUUUCUUCGAGUUCGCCAGCCUAGCCAACGGCUUUGCGAACCAAGCGGCCCAUAUGACCGGCUACUUGGUGCAGGAGGUCCUUCAAGUUGGAGAUCAAAAUGGCUUUGCACCGGAGCAAGUGCUCGACGACCUUGUCGCAUUGCUGGAUGCAAAGUCAUAUGCGAUGUACUGCCGCCACUUGGAGGAAUGCAAAUGUGGAGCUUGCGAGGCCAUCCUCCAGUAUGAUGAUGACUGCGGGCAGGGGGAAGUCAAGGGAAGACCGUCGCACUGCGUACGAGUUGAGCCGUGGGCGCAGAUGGUGAGGAAGUUCUCCCGGGGACUGUCUGGAACGACGCUCAGAAACUGCGAGUACUUCUUCGCCUCUACACCGAAGAUGUCCCCUCCUAUGCUGUCGUUGGCCACAUCAACUGAUGUCCAGGCUUGCACCAGGCGAUACAUGAAAUGGUAUCUGCAAGGGUUGCAGCGGAUUACGAGGACUACCCGGAGCAGUGGCUCAGAUGCACUCCAUUUAAGCAUAUACGUGCCGAGAUGGCCGAGGUGUCCUGCGAUCUUGUCGCAAUGCUGGAUGGUAACUCUGACCAUUUGGUCAUAG